AUGAAUAAUCACAUUGGAAUGGACAUCGCAAGUUUGCUCGAGGUGCAGGUCAAUGAGGAACCACUUCCACAAGUGAGUUUGGAACAUGGAAAGAAGGAAUCAAAGCCUCUCAAGGCUUCGGAGGUCAUCGGUCCAGAGGAAAAACAUUUUCGAAAGCUUAUGUUUGGACAAGACAUUGCUAAAGUACGAUUCCGAAAGCUCCAUUGCACCUCCUGCGACAAUCACAUCGGUUCAGCACCUGCUGAGGCCUACAACAUGCAGGAGCACCCUGUUCUCAAGGUACUCCUGUGCGCGGCUUGUCGUGAGUUCUACGGUGAUGGGACCUUUGAGCAAGGUGAUGAUGCCACUGACAUGUUCUGCCGUUGGUGUGCCAAUGGUGGUAAUCUUUACUGCUGCUCUUACUGCAGCAACACCUUCUGCCAGAAGUGCAUCAGAAUAAAUUUUGAUGCUGUUGUGAGGAGGCAGAUUGAGGCUGAUGAGAAGUGGAAGUGCUUUGUGUGCCAUCCUGCCCCACUUUUUUCGCACAGGGCAGUUUGCUGGGCUCUCCUCCAGCACGUUAAGACCCUCUCAAGGAUAUUGACAGCAGACCGUGUAAUGACGCCAAAGGAAAUCCUCUCCAAGAUGGAGCUGGACGAUGCUCAAUGCUGUCCAGGUCGUAAAGCGAAGCGAAAACGUCGGGCGUCCCUCUCAAGUUCGGACGACGAGUCUGUGACAUCGAAGACUUCACAACCAUCUUCGAGAACACGAAAGCGCUCAGUGAAAUGUCGUCGUGCAACUUCACGAGACUCUACAGACACUCCCAAUGGUCGAUACAUACCAAUAGCCCCUCGAAAAGUCGAGGAAGACGACAUAACGCGGCUAUUGAACCCCGAGCAGACGAUGGUCGAGGGUGACACCGAGUCAGUGAUUCUCCCUAGUGGUCCUCGUCUGCCAGCCCUUCAGCCAAUAACACCACAACCAGUGGUGAGAUCACCAGCAACACGAGGUGGAAGAAUGAUCCCGAUGCGUCCUCUCCGAAGAAUCGACUCCCUUCCCCCCGGCGCGACACCACAACUCAUAACCCGACUACCCGGUUUCAGGGCUUCCGCCCCAAUGGUGACAAUUCCGACACGUCCAGUGCUGAUAGCAUCAGGCCCUGGUGCCUCUGGAGGACAAGGGCCACGUGUCCGCACAUAUCCAACGAUAAGAAUAGAUAAAAACGAUCCCAAGCUAAAAGGAAAGGCGCCACCGAGUAUCAUCGACCUGGAGAGUGAAUCAGAGGAGGAAGCAGUGACGGAGACAGGUGUCCAAGCUGACAAAAGCUUGGAGAAGAGAUCUGAAGAGUCUGAGGGCGCAUCUGGACAAUCAGAAGCACCAGAGGUGACCUAUCCCAGACUGACUGUUAGACGAUUUGAUCAGACAAUCAGCAAUCCCAUGAGAGCUGUAGAUGACAUUCUGAAAAAACUGAGGAAGAGACUGAAGCAGGAGAUGAAUAGUUUCGAAGGGAGCGAGGGGAGUGACAUAAAUUCGGCUAAAAGAAAACUCAAAAUCAUCAACAGGAACAUCAGCAAGGUUGUGUCUGAACUAGCUGGAUUCAAUAAUACCAUGGUGAGACAGUACAAACCCUGGAAGACUUCUUGUAUUACUGGAAAGCCGGUGGAGGACUUGACUGGAAAAAUUCGCCUUAGAAAGGGUGAGGCCAGUCAUAAAAUCAUUCCACUGGAGAUGGAGUGUGAGCGGGACUCGGGGUCUGAUGCUGAGGGGGAUGACGAUGAGGUGGAGGAGCACAAUGCUAUUGAUUUUUCGGAUAUGGUGGUGGAGUUCAGGGAGAAGGAGACUAUUGAUCGUGGUUGCACUGCCAGGGCUGAGACUGAGGACAAGGGAAUUCAGGUUUAUGAUGAAAUAACGGUUGAUUAUGACAGAACUAUUGGGUACUCACUGCUCAUGAGAUCGGAUUACAAUGGGGACUCGGAGGUAGAGGUUUUCAAGCCAGUAGUCGUUCCAGAUCAGCAUUUUGGGAAGUAUGAGGAGCAAUUUAUUUUCUUUCUGCAGAGGAUGGAGGAGGGGUAUGAUGAGGAGAAGGAGAACGCUAGUCCUGAGAAGAGUUUGAAUGACAUGAUUGAGGAGGAGUUGGGGAUCCAGAGGAAAAAGGGUGGGACGGCUGGUCCGGAAGUGACGACAGUGGAAGAUGGUCUGAGUGAUGAAGAGAUGGGGGAUCACCCGGAGGAUGAUGCUACGGAGGGGAAGAGGGAUGAACCCAUGGAUGUUUCUGAUGGAAGUCUUGAGGGUUUUAAUCCUGGGACAGAGUCAGUGGAGUCAGUGGCUAACUACGUGCAGAAGUCUGGGAAGAAAAUAAUUGAGGAAAAAAAUCAUGGAGGUGAUGAACCUGACGAUGAAAAUUGUCUUGAAGACGAUGAGAAGAGCCUGGAUAAAGGCCUGGGACAGAAAUCCAGGAAAAAGGAGACUGUCAUCGCAGUCACCGCUCUCAUCGAAGACGACACUCGCGAUAAGACAUUCAAGGAGAGUUGGAAGAGCGGUGAGGACGACGACGAGUGCACAAUUCUCGAGUGAAUUUUCUUAUUAUCGAAAAAAAUAUUUUUGUUUUUAUUGACAUGGAACUGGAGACGUGGGGAGUUACUGGGGAUUUUUUGGUUUUGUAAGUGCUGCCUUUCAUAAAGUGCUUGGAACAGAGUAUCGUAGAUUUUAGAAAAAUCAUCGGAGAAUCUUUUGCAAAUGUUUUUUCACUUUUAUAAAUUCCAGUAUCUUCAGUUCUUAUUCAAUAUUUUUCCCUCAGUCACAGUGAUUUCGGACAGAUUUAGGCUAAGUUUGUAUAUAUGAUGAUAUUUUUCAUAUUAUUUGAGUUGGAGUGAUGUGGGGGGAUACUGGUCCUGAUGUAAAAGACAAUUGAAAUUUUUUUCGUGGGGGAUAGCAAUUUUCAUAGAGCCUUUGGGGCCAAUGUGCUGAUUUAUCCUGUAGGUAUAUUGAUAUCAGUAUACUGCGGGACUGGGAAUUUAUUCAGAUUAGUCCUCAUUUUGUGUAUCUUGUCGAUAAAAUAUUUUGAUGCCACGGGAAGAAUGAAAUUUAGCGAGGAAUUCUCGUGUAAAUGAAAUGCUGGACAUACAGAGAGGAGCUUUAGUUGCUCUGCAUUAUUUGUAUAGUUCAUAAUUUUGUGUCAUUUAAUUUUUCAAUUUAAUUUGCAGAGGAAAUUGAAGAAAUUAGUGAAUUAGUAGAAAAUUAAUCACAGGUUUCCCUCAUUUAUUUUCAUAUUUCAACUGUUUUCUAACGGUUGAGAAUUCCCUGGCACAAACGUCAGUGAACAAUGUCCAUUCCUCGUUUCGUGUACGUCGUGGCGAUAUUUUCUGAACGUCGAAGAGAGAAUUAUAGCUUGAAGCAACUGAUUGUUCUGUAAAUCAAAUAAAAAAUUGGAAAAGUGAA